CCUGCAGACUAUAAAUGACAGCUCCUACUGCCAUUUCACUUUUAGUCUUCAGGUGUCAACGCUGGCGAGCAAUUGCGGCCAUGAACCGGAUCGGACUAAGCUUUGCAGUGUUGGUGCUGGUGCUGACGUUGAUGGGGGUGCCGCUGCAGGGCAAUACCAUCAAGGAGCGCAACCUCUUCGCCACCGAACUCUUUCAGACGCUGGUCACAGACCGCCAGCAGGAGAACGUCGUCAUCUCGCCCGUAGCCGUGCAACUGGCAUUGGGAUUGGCCUACUAUGGGGCCGAAGGCAAGACGGCAACGGAGCUGCAGAAGACCCUGCAUGCCUCGGCCAAGGAGAGCAAGGAUGGGCUGGCCGAGAGCUACCAUCGACUGCUGCACUCCUACAUUAAGUCCAAGACCGUUGUGGAAAUAGCCAACAAAGUGUACACGCGAGAGAAUCUGAAGGUGGCCUCCCAUUUCCGGGAAGUGGCACAGAAGUACUUUGACUCCGACGUGGAGGAGCUGAACUUCGAGAAUGAGGCGGAGGCGAUAGAUCGCAUCAACAGCUGGGUGAAGGAGAAGACGCAGAACAAAAUCGAGAACGUAGUCGAUUCACUCGAGCCGGACACCAACGUUGCUCUGGUGAAUGCGAUUUAUUUCAAGGCGCGCUGGGCUCGUCCCUUCAACGAUGAGGACACGAAGGAGCGCGAUUUCUGGCUCAGCGAGCAGCAGUCCAUUCAAGUGCCCACCAUGUUUGCGGACAACUGGUACUACUACGCCGAUUACCCCGAUCUGGAUGCCAAGGCCAUUGAGCUGUUCUUCGAGAACAUCAACAUGACCAUGUGGUUUAUUUUGCCCAAUCAGCGGAGCGGCUUGUCGGCGCUGGAGCAGAAGCUGAAGGGCGUGGACUUCAAGCGGCUCGAGGAGCGCUGGACUUGGCAGAGUGUCUCGGUGUAUUUGCCCAAAUUUAAGUUCGAGUUCGACACCGAUUUGAAGCCCACAUUGAGCAAGCUGGGCAUCAACUCCAUGUUCUCGGACUCGGCCGAUUUCAGCAACAUUUUCUACGAGUCACCAAUUGGCACGCGCAUCACAAAAGUGCAGCACAAGACCUUCAUUGAUGUCAACGAGAUUGGCUGCGAGGCUGCUGGACUCAGCUAUGCUGCGGGCGUACCCAUGUCGUUGCCAUUAGACCCGAAAACCUUUGUCGCCGAUCAUCCAUUUGUAUUCAUUAUACGCGAUCAGCACGCCGUUUACUUUACUGGACACAUUGUCAAAUUUUAAUUUUAGUUUUUAAUUCUCUCCG